AUGUCACAUGAAAUAUUACAAACAGGAUUACAACUAGCUAAACAAGCAGUUGAAGCAGACACAUCAAAGCAAUAUACUCUGGCAUCGCAGUUGUAUGAACAAGCAAUACUCAACCUUAAACUAGCGAUUGUCAGCGAAAAGGAUCCAUCGAGGAAUGCUCUUGUAAAGACAAAGAUUGAAGAAUACACAAAUCGUAACAAGUUUAUAAAGAAUUUAGCUUCUUCUUCUUCUUCAACUAGCACAGGUGUUGGAGGUAAUAGUAAUAAUAGUAAUGCAAUAUUCAACUUUCCAUCAAUACCAUCAUCAGUAUCACCAUCUGUAGCCAAUGUAACAUACCAUCAACAAAUACUUAUAUGA